AUGUGCUGGCCGCGGGAGGCGAUGAUCACGCCCCUCUACUACAUCAGCGGGAUCCUGCCGCAGACGUACGGGACGGACGCCCUGCGGAACAUCAUGUCCAGGGGGCUGGGGAUGGAGAACUUCUCCGUGUGGAUGGGCUGCGUGGCGCCGACCGUCUGGACGGUGCUGCAGCUGCUCGCGACGGCGCUCAUCAACCGGUACAACGACGGGGUGUUGUGACCGGGAAGAGGAUAUUACGCCCUCCUUUCUGGUCCUUUUCUGUCUGCCAUGCGAGAUGGGAUCUCCGGCGGUGGGGAGGAGUUCAGAAGUUCUCUGCUCAUGGCGUGGAUGAUGUGAUGCGUCCGUGUUUCUUGUCCUCUCCCAUACGCAUACCACUGUUCGUAUAUGAUCGUUUGUUGGAAUUAUCCCCGCUACGCUUAUUACCGGAGAGGAUGGAUUGCAAGAGGCCACGAGUUGCUGCGAGUGAUCGUAUCCUUCGUGUCUUCGGUCGCACGCCUGUAAAUACGACAAGCGUGGAGCGCAUUUCUUUUUUCAACGAAAAAUUUUUUUAUUGCUCUUAAUUGAAAUUGUAUCUGAGUAACCUCAUCCAUUGUACCAAAGUUGUUUUCCUCGGCGCGUGCGUCGUGCGCUCGGACGCUGUACAUAGCACGCCGCCGAAACGCGCAGGACCGUUGUAAAUAACCGCAUCCCGACAGUGAAUGAAUGUGUGAACGAAAGUGACUGAAUUGGGCUCGGAACGAAGAGUCUGUGAACGAGUGCUUACCAGGGUCGGUUACCGAUAAGGAGACGGAAAUUCAUGCCAGUAUCAAGGUUGCUACAAUGUAUUAUGAGUAACGAUCGUAUUUCCCUUUUAGGCCUACUUAGUGACAUAUGCUUAUCUUCGAACGACGGAAUAUUCCGAACAGUACAACGUCGUUUCACUUGACGCCCUCCCGGGGAGCAUGACGACCACGCACGCAGGAAGCAUCCGCGCGCGCGUGAAGCCUUGCUGCGCCCAAACACAAUGCACCAGGGGUCGCGGCCCGUGGAGGGCCCGACCCGGCGACUCCGGCAGUCGAUGGCCUCGACGAGGGGGGAGGCUCGCCGCGAGAAGGCGGGGGUGCUGGACGGUUCUUCCGCGAUUCCUUUCGGGUUUCGCGCGGGACGCCCCCUAGUGAGAAUUGAUUGUGAAAAUUUAAGCAGUAAUUCUUUCAUCGAUCUAAUGUUCUCUAUAUCUUGCUAUAUCUUGUCGAUGCACAAAGUUCUGGGGUAAGAAACACCAUUCGUUAGUCUAAAAAUGGUUCUCUUUUUUCACGAAGAGCCAACUUGUAAAAAAAAAAAAAGACUCCGCUGCUGCACUUCCAUCUAGAUUUGCAAGAACUUGCUUCCACAAUAUGCAGCGUCACCUGCAUGUUGCUGAAAUAAUCCUCAUUCCAGCUUGGAGGAGGAAGAUGAUGAACCUAUUUCAAGGAUACGUUCCAGCACCCCACUUUCCUUCAGUUUUCAAGGGAAAAAAAAUCACUUGAUUGUUCAGUUCCUUAGAAUUUGACUUUUUUUUUAGCACAACCCUGUGAGAGACGGAAGCUUCCAAAUUACUUGAUCGAAAGUUAUUUGAGAGACUCGAAGCCCGAAUUGCAUUGUGUGUGCGUUGCCAGCUCCAAGUGGUGGUCCUGAUGUUCAACGUUGAGGGGAAGAAUGGGUUUAUAUGGUUGAAAUCAGUUUUUUUUUGCAUAUUUCAAUGAGAUGUAUACAAAUUUUUAGAAACUCUUGAACAAAAGGCUAUUGCAGAAUCUGUGAAUAAAACUCAAGUCCAUAUGA